AUGGCGAAGUUGAGUUUGCGUUCUCGUCUCACUGCCAUCGCACGGCCUUCAUCAUGGGCUUUGGAAUUUGAGCCUUCCUCCUUUGCACCAAGCAAUUCAUGGAGCAAUAAAGAUAUGGACCCAGUGCCUCCACAUCUCCGAGCCUGGUCAUCUGCGAACUAUAUUGCAUAUUGGAUUUCAGACGCAACUAAUGCAGCAGUCUGGGAGCUUUCGUCGUCAAUGCUUGCCAUUGGGCUUUCGUGGCGCCAAGCCUUGCCUGCCAUAGCGGUCGGCCACAUCAUCAUCGCAGUUAUCAUGGUCUUAAAUGGAACGAUUGGCGCCCGCUUGCAUGUUCCAUUCCCAGUUCUGAAUCGCUCUUCUUUUGGUUUCUGGUUGAGCUACUUCAGCGUCAUCAGUCGUGUGAUUCUGUCUACUUUCUGGUUCGCAAUUCAGACAUAUACAGGAGCGGAAUGCGUUUAUCAGAUGUUGAAAGCGAUAUGGCCUUCGCUGGCUCACCUACAUAAUGACCUCGCCGAUGGUGCACAUAUUACCACUGCUAUGAUGAUGUGCUACUUCCUCUACUGGCUCAUCCAGUUUCCCUUCAUGUUGAUUUCACCCCAGAAAAUCCGGUGGUUGUUCUUGGCGAAAGCUAUCAUUGUUCCUCCAACCUGGUUAGCCAUGCUCAUCUGGGCAUUCGUUAAGGUUCCAUCCUCAGAAGGACUACUCACAGAACACGCAAAACUGAGCGGGAGUAAGUUAUCGUGGGCAUGGCUUAGCGCAUUGAAUAGUGCGCUCGGGAUUUACUCUACUCUUGCCGUCAACAUACCGGAUUUUACCAGAUAUGCAAAGAAUGAGCGAGCUCAAUACAUCCAGAUCAUCAUCAUACCCGUCGCUUUUACGCUGUGUAGUUUUGUGGGCUUAGCGGUGACAAGUGCAGGCGUUAGCUUGUAUGGUCAAGUUCUCUGGGACCCACUGCGCCUCAUUGAUAAGUGGGAUAACCGGGCAGCGGCAUUUUUUGCUUCGUUCUCCUUUGUUCUCACCACCCUUGGUACCAACAUUUCCGCAAACUCGCUCAGUGCGGGAAAUGACAUGGCCGCGUUGUGCCCGAAAUAUAUAAAUAUUCGCCGUGGACAAGUCAUCUGUGCAUUGGUGGGAGGUUGGGCUCUAUGUCCAUGGGAAAUACUUGCUAGCGCAACUGGGUUCUUGAAUUUUAUGAACGGCUAUACAGUAUUUUUAGGACCUAUCGCUGGCAUCAUGGUGACGGAUUAUUGGAUUGUUCACCGGACUCACGUCGACGUGCCGUCCAUGUAUCGUCCACACGGCCGAUAUCGAUACAAUUACGGAGUAAACUGGCGCGCUCUUGCUGCCCUCGUUGUUUCUGUGCCACCAAACCUUCCUGGGCUCAUUCACAGUAUCAAUCCAAGCAUUCCAGCCGGAGGGGCAGUCUAUCUUUUUGACAUUGCUUAUAUUCUAGGUUUUACCCUAGCGUCGUCAGUGUAUUAUGUGCUGUCAACACUAUUUCCCGCCAAGGAGACGAUGCUAGACAGGGCCAUUAUUGAAGACGAAACCCCUGCUGAUCACGAAGGCAGCGUGAGCGUCGACGAUGACAAACAAACUGAUCCAACGGAUAUCAGCAAGACAGGAAUGUCCACCAUUCAUGAAGUUUAG